AGAUAUUUGAACGCCCGGAAAUAGUGUAAGUUUAAAUAUUGGGCGGUGUUUGCUUCAAUUUUUAAAAACACACCAUUGAAUUGUCUGUUUUGCAAAGAACACGCAGCAGCAAUAAGCAUAAACAUGGAGGCCAAUCUUUCCAGGUUUCUUGUCGGACUUUCUGUACAAAUCAGCCGCAGUGAUGGUCGGGUUCACCUGGCCACCGUCAAAUCCGUUGACAUGGUCAAGUCCGUGGUGAUGGUAGAAUGGCACGAGAGGAAUACAUACCGAGGGAAGGAGGUUGAAAUACAUGAGUUGUGUGUACAAAAUCCAGAGCUGAUGGAACAUGUAAUGACAAUAACCAAUAAGGCUGCAGAACCCACCGUUCCAGCACCAGAAAAGAAGUAUGAGGGUCGUCUCCGCUCCUCGAGGAUCCCUGCCCCACCUCCAUCCUCUGCUCCAGCUGUCACCCAGGCUGAAGAGUCAGGUCGGCAAGUCGUCAAUCGGAGUCUAAGCAGGCAGACUCGGAUGUUUCAGGCUCCAGCCUUGGUGCCAUCACCAACCACAACAACUAGAUCGAAGGAAAGCCUGGAAAAUGGCCACUCUAAUCACCACCAACCACCAGUCCCUACACAUCCUGAGAGUUCUAGCCAGCGUAAAAAAAAUGAGAAAAAGCCAGCACAAUCUUUGGCUGUAGCCCGUGAGGCCGUCAAGGAAAAUGAUGAACCUGAAAAGAUGACUGCGUCCCUUAAAUUCCAAGGAAGGAGAAAGUCUGUUGCUCCUAAAGACUUGAACAAAGGCAACAAAAGGCAGUCUUGUGCUAUAAAGCCCCCAGAUGUGAAAAUGAAGAAGGGAAAAUUUGGCGAGGCCCAUCGACCAAACCAAAAGUUCUACGAAAUGAUCCAGGACUUCAGAGAGACCCUGGAAAUAACCCCAGUAUCUGCUGCUGAACAGAUUGAAUCUCACAAAAUUUGUGUGUGUGUUCGCAAGCGGCCUCUAAACAAACAAGAGAUCAACAGGAAAGAGAUUGAUGUGGUGUCGGUACCUGGGAUGGGUGUUCUGUUGGUCCAUGAGCCAAAACAGAAGGUGGACCUGACCAAGUACUUGGACAACCAAGUCUUUCACUUUGAUUACUCCUUCGAUGAGGGUUCCACCAACGACCUGGUCUACAAAUUUACCGCCAAGCCUCUGGUGCAGUCCAUUUUUGAAGGUUGCGUGGCAACUUGUUUUGCCUAUGGGCAGACAGGAAGUGGAAAAACCCAUACAAUGGGAGGUGAUUUCACAGGGAAGCAGCAGAACAGCUCCAAAGGAAUUUAUGCCCUAGCUUCCCAGGAUGUUUUCUCCUAUCUAAACCACAGGAGGUACACCAACCUGGACCUCUCGGUUUUUGUCAGCUUUUUUGAGAUAUACAACGGCAAAGUGUACGACCUGUUAAACAACAAGUCCAAGCUCCGUGUUCUUGAGGAUGACCGACAGCAGGUCCAGGUGGUGGGUCUUGAGGAGGUCUAUGUGACCACAGCAGAUGAUGUCAUCAAAAUGAUCCAGGCUGGCAGUUCAUGCAGGACAUCAGGUCAGACCUCAGCCAAUGCCAAUUCCUCACGCUCUCACGCCAUCCUGCAAAUUGUGCUACGACGCAACGACCGUGCAUCCACGCUGUACGGCAAGUUUUCACUGGUGGAUUUGGCCGGCAACGAGCGAGGCACCGAUGUCAGCAGCAAUGACCGCAGCACUUUGGUGGAGACUGCCGAAAUCAACCGCAGCCUCCUGGCACUUAAGGAGUGUAUCAGGUCACUUGGGAAAAACAGUGAUCACAUCCCCUUCCGUAUGAGCACUUUAACCAAGGUCCUCAGGGAUUCCUUCAUUGGCGAAAAGUCCAGGACCUGUAUGAUUGCCAUGGUGUCUCCUGGCAUGAGUUCAUGUGAAUACACAAUGAACACCCUGCGUUAUGCUGACAGAGUGAAAGAGCUGAGUGGAAACUCCAAAGCCAGUGAGGCCCCCAAAGCACAAGCUCUCAUAGAAAGCUCCUCUGAUGAGGAAUCUGUGGAGGCUGAUGUUUAUGAUGCCAUUUCCCAAGUGUCAGACCUGGAGGAGAAGGUUUAUGUUGAGCUACAGAGGGCAAGUGGACUAAUAGAGGCAAUGGAGAAAACCGCAUACAACAUCGAGGCAGGUCUUCCUGACCUGAAGACCUUUUCACAGAAAUUAUUUGAUACUGUACAAGCAUUGCAGUCUGCUGUGGACCAGGAAAGAGCAGCGAGGCAAAAACACUAACAUAAGGCCACAAACUUCAUCAAGACAGUGUGUUUAUGACUUUUAUGCAUUACGUCAGUUCAUUGGUUUUAUUGUACAAAUUAAGUGAUGAAUAAAAUGUAUCCAAACAUUA